AUGACGACCUCCGCAAUCUUCGAGAAGCUGGCAUUGCACGCGCCACACCUGUCCGGCCGAUAUGUGAUCCCUGCCUUGCCCGCCUUCGUAUACGGGACGGCGUGGAAAAAAGAGGCUACGGCUGACCUCGUCUACCAGGCCCUCUGCAACGAUUUCACGGCCAUUGAUACUGCCGCUCAACCCAAACACUACCGAGAAGAUCUGGUCGCAGCUGGGAUAUCCCGGGCAAUCAAGGAUGGCAAGAUCAAGCGAUCUGAAGUAUACAUCCAGACCAAGUUCACCAGCGUGGGCGGUCAAGAUGUAGAGAAUAUGCCCUACGACCCCAAGAGCCCCCUUCCAGAGCAGGUAAAUGCGUCGGUCAUGUCGUCCCUCAAGAACUUCAAUUUCGCAGACGUGGUCCAGGGAGACGACAUGGCAGAGCCCUAUAUUGAUACGCUCGUUCUACAUUCACCGAUGUCGACCAUCCAGGAGACCGUGGAAGUCUGGCAGACUUUGGAGCAGUAUGUGCCCAACGAGAUACGCAACCUGGGCAUCUCCAACUGCAACCUGUUCACGUUGAUGGAUAUCUACGAGCGCGUCCGCAUCAAGCCGAGCGUGGUCCAGAACCGUUUUUACCCCAACACCAAGUUUGACAUUGGAGUGCGCCAGUUCUGUCGGGAGCAGAACAUCAUCUAUCAGAGCUUCUGGACAUUGUCAGCCAAUCCGAAACUCGUCUGGUCGAAUGAAGCGGGUGCUUUGGCGAACCAGCUUGGCAUCAGCCCCCAGUCGGCCUUGUACUGUUUGGUGCUGGGGUUGGGGAGUGUAACGGUGCUCAAUGGGACCAAGAGCGCUCAGCACAUGCAGGAGGAUUGGAGAGCUGUGAAGGUGGUGAAGGAUUAUGCACAAUCUCACCCUGAACAAUGGGACAAGACCAUGACAAGAUUUCGACAAUUGAUCGGACAGCCGAAGCCUUGA